UUAUUAACACAAGCCAACGAAUCAAAUUUCAGGCAUAUUGUUUGAAUGUAUGUGACAAUAAUUUGGAGCAACAGACAAGUUUAAUUCUGAACUUUCCACUGACCGAACACACUCUCGUUAGAUUCCAAUUGACGGUUAUACACCCACUAUAGUUUUGUGACUUCCUGAUGUUUGGAUUAAACCCAUUCAACUCGAGCGACUGGCCAUUAAUAAGUCACUAAAAAAGUUAAGAAGUCACUAAUAAAUGUCAUAUUUUUGCUGGGUUGCUAUUUCCACCACUGUAACAACCCCAGGCUUUUGGCUUCACAGAUCUCUCAGACCCCACUUUGAGAUCCCCACUUUUUUGUUAUUGUUGUUGAAGCAAUUGGAUUUAAAUCAGUUUCAGAUGUGAACUGGGUGCAUUUACAAUUUCGGUGAUAAAAGAGGCAUGUUUGUCCAAUGGAUUGCAUUGCAGCCUCAUCGCUCCAGGGUCUCUGGUUCGAUUAUCAACUCGGGUUACUGUCUGUCUGGAGUUUUCUCUGCACUUUUUCCCUGUAUCCCUUUGGGUGUUUUCGUACCAAACAUAUCUCAAGACUCAGUGAGAGGAACUACCUGCUAGGGAGCUCCUCCAAGAACUAUAGACCUCCAAGAACUUUUUAUUUUGUUUGCAUCCGCACCGCCAGUCGCAACGUUGAAGUGAUGUAAACCGGCUUGUUAGCAUGACAGCAGGAAAUGCUUGUCAAGUUUUUUUAUAUUUCACUUCAACACAUCAAAAUCGUGUUGUAUUUCCUCCGUUGCAGAAUACCCUCAGUAAAGCCUGGACUACACUGUUGGUCUGUUUGACCAUGUUUUUCAACUUUUUAACACGAACGUUGAGCCGUUGUUUCCAUGGAUAACGUUUUCCACAUAUUUUAAAAAUGGCAGUUGCUGGUGCUGCACUGGCAUGUGUUCAACCAAUCAAUAAACAUUUACGUCACUCAUGGUUCCUCUUGUGCUGGGAGAGUACCGACUCUAUAGUAGGAGCAUAAAAAAGUCCUUCAAAACAGCAUUCUUAGACCUACAAUCGUCCUCAGUUCAAGAAGCGCGGACCCACAAAAAGGGAGAACUUCCUCCAACAGUUCUAAGAACUAUUAAAAUGUUCGUCCAGUUUGAAAGCACGUGAUGGGUUUCCUUGAGGUUCUCAGGGUUCUUCCCUCAAACAUGCCAGUUAGGUGGACUGAGUCCACAAUGCAACAAUUUCACAAGUGCACAUAGAGUACUCUUUUUAAUGAUCUCUCCCACCCCCCCCAAAAAAAAAAGUACAAAUAAAAAUGUUGAUUUUUGCAUCAACAUUAUCAGGUUUCCAGAGACAGGCAUUUUCACCAUUGCUACUAGAAUAUGAGUAGCCUAGAUAUUUCAUUAAUUCUGUCGACUAAGGACAGGCUCCUGUUUCGGGAAAUAUGUCAAUUUCAAGCCUUUCAAAAAAAAAUUACACAGCACGUCCAUGACAUACUAUUUACAAAUAAAAACAUUCCGAUUCGUCGUCAGCAUCGGCUUGGUCAGUGUGUCUCUGCUGCUUAUUCCAGCCUAAUCUGAUAAAUAAACAGGAUAGUUUUCAAUCUAAAACUGAUAUUGAGCAACAUCCCUUCUUCAUAAAGCUGAGUCGGGUAUCACACGUUGUCGACUCGAGUUUUUUCAUUUCUUGACUUUCUCAAAUAGCGCCGUCGUAUGGUGCUCGCUUCCAACCAGUUCAGACUUGCUCUGUUUCCACGCUGCCUGGUCUUUCGAAACGGCAUCCGACCUCUUCAAACCGUCGUGUACGAACACAAAGACAUUCAGGAAGUUGGAUAGGUUUACUGGCUUUUUGUGUAUCGCAGUUGUUCUGCUUUGAGUGAAAUGGAAGAGCUUUUCCAAACGGUCAUCACCCACGCCGCCAUUGUCUGCGACUGUUGUUAGCAUGCGACGCUAGUCCCUGAGGCCAUAAUACGCUGUAUCAAGCGAGGCGGAAAAUCUCGCACGUGCCUUUCAAACACAGUGCACUCAACUUCUGAUGAAACGAUCAACAUCCAUCCAUCCAUCAUCUGUAGCCGCUUAUCCUGUUCUACAGGGUCGCGGGCAAGCUGGAGCCUAUCCCAGCUGACUAUGGGCGAGAGGCAGGGUACACCCUGGACAAGUCGCCAUGUUAUAACGAUCAACAUUUUUAAUAGAUUUUAAAAGUGUACUAACCGUUGCCAGGAUGAAGCCGAUACUGAAGAUGAAUGAAAAAAGUGGAUCGUCUACAACCAGGACGAGGACUCGGCUGAAGGAGGGACAAACAAACAAAAAGUUCUCCGAUGUUCCCGGACUGCACCGUUCCACAGGAAGUCGUUGAUUCGGUCAGAUGGAUCGUGGAGGCCACGUGGGCGCCGUUCUCUCUCUAGAUCAGAUCCGCUCCAUUCGUUCCAAGAACGAGUACACCGAAGGCCCCGUGACGUCACCGGCAUCAUCGCAGUCGCCUGCGACGUCGACGCGGCCGUCGUCGUGGCGCCCUUCGCCGCCUCCCCGGACGCUGAAGCACGAGAGGACUCACGAGGUCAUUGUGGUCAACGUUAACAACAACAACUACGGAAGCGGCGGCACCGGUAGCGGCUUCUCUCCUUCCUCGGGAAGCUCGCCACCUUUUCGCCAUGUGGUUAGGACUCAGCCCAAAUCGCAACUGGCGCCCUUGCGGCCUCUGUUCCCUCCUUCGGACGCUCUGUUGAUGUCGAAGCAGGCGAAGUCGAAGGGCGAGUCGUUGCUAUCGUCGUCGUCUUCGUCGUCCUCAUCCUCGUCGUCGCACCAGCUGAUCUGCGAGAGCUGCGGGAAGUGUAAGUGCGUCGAGUGCACUUCGCCGCGACCACUUCCCUCGCGGAUGGUGUGCGACGGCCAGUGCGUGUGCUCGGCCGAGAGCGUGCUGGAGCACGGCACCUGUAUGUGCCUCGUCAAGGGCCUUUUCUACCACUGCUCGAGCGAGGGUGGAGACGAUGCGGGCGACUCGUGCGCUGACCGACCGUGCUCGCUGUCGCGGCCCCGCUGCCCGGCGCGCUUCCUCUGCAUGGCCCUCAUGGCACCCGUCUUCCCCUGCCUGCUCUGCUACCCUCCGUGCAAAGGGUGCCUGAAAGUGUGCCAGGUGUGCCACGACCGCCUGCGCCGACCCGGCUGUCGCUGCAAGAACUCGAAUGCCGUCUACUGCUGGAGAGACGGGCAGGGACACGCGCUCGCGCCGGGCAAACCGACCUGAGUGGGACAGGACACUCAAACGAGACACUAACAAACACGGAGCCGAAAACCCAGGCACUAACACACACAGGAUUAAGGGCGCUUUUUUUUUCCCUUUCUUUUUUUUUGGCCCCAUUCGGCUUCCAUACUCAAGCUAAAACAGGCAGAGCUGAAUAUGUGCUAACACACGCAGCAGGGAGUCCAGAUCUACGCUAACAAACACACUGAGGUCUGAAUGUGUGCCAGGCAUGUGCCAGUAAUUAGUUAUGCAAUGACAAGAAAUUCAAUAUUGUUCUUGUGGAUGCUUCGAAAUCUCGUCAGUGCCACUGUGGCAUGAGGACAACCGCGUCCUCGGCUUUGCCAGCAAGCGCAAUUCCAUAAUUCUCUCAUGCGCGUUGGGUGAAAAUCUGAAAAGCAGUGCUGAAAUGUUGUCUCACCGCAAUGUUAAAAGUGUAAAACGGCACAUCCUGACAAAAGCCUGAAAACAGUGCGGGAUGCAGACUGAGGGCGAGUCCCAGGACACGCGAUCCGGGAGGAAGAGGACGGACGAUGCUAUCCUGACUAUGCGCUAAAUUGGCCCCACCUGCUCCUCACCAAUCUGCUGCUAGGAGGAUGGAGGAUGGAAAAACGCAAAACCACUCGUUUAUUAUCUGUCGCAUGGCAGUUUUUUUUUUUAAAUAAACAAAACCAGUGUUUGCCUUAAACUGACUGCGGGUCUGCUCAGCUACUCGAUAAAGAGACACAAAAAAAAAAAAAGACAGACAGAAGAAGAAAAUAUUUUUAAGUAAACGAGACACAAACCGAACCGAAUCUGUGAAGGACUGUCCGGCCAGCCCAUAAUACUGUAGCUGUUCCCAGAUCGCCGUAGCAACCUGGUAUUGUUCUCACACAGAGGGCUUCCCGUGCCUUCCCGCGGGUCGUCUCCAUGGAAACGACCCCUCCGUCUGGUAGCGUUUCCGGAUGGACAGACGGGCGGACGUUCAAACACACACACACACACACACACACACACACACACACACACACACACACACACUCCGUGGCAUUCUGACAUUAUGGUUUUGUUGUUGUUUGUUUUCUUGUUUUCUCUCCCCUUUUCUCAUAUUUUUGUAAAAAAAAAAAUUGUAUGUUCAAAUCCAUCAGAGGAAUCCUGGCUAUUUUUUAAAAAGUGAAAAAAGAAAAAAAAAUGUCUGUUUAAAAACAUUUUGGUUUUUUCUUUGUCAUUGUAAAAAAAAAAAAAAUAUUUAUUAAGUGAAGCUCUAUUAUUUUAUGAUAUUUAUUGCGAAACAAAGACAGUCUUAGAUUUACUCAUGUCUGAAUAUAACAGAAAUAUCAAUACUGAGAAAUUAAAGGGUGACACAAACGUUAUGUUAACUUUACUGCAGAAAUAUAUGAAUUAACUAAUAACA